UUAGUCCGCCGCUUCCUGGUUCCGGGUGUGCACCGAGCGCUGCGGCCGCCGCCGCCGCCGCGAUGUUACCCUACACCGUGAACUUCAAGGUGUCUGCGCGCACCCUUACGGGGGCCCUCAGCGGCCACAACAAGGCGGCGGUGGACUGGGGCUGGCAAGGUUUAAUUGCUUAUGGAUGUCAUUCGCUUGUGGUAGUGAUUGAUUCCAAUACUGCCCAAACUCUUCAAGUUUUAGAAAAACAUAAAGCUGAUGUUGUUAAGGUUAAAUGGGCGAGGGAAAACUAUCACCAUAACAUUGGCUCACCGUAUUGCUUGCGCCUCGCUUCUGCUGAUGUCAAUGGGAAGAUCAUCGUUUGGGAUGUGGCAGCCGGAGUGGCUCAGUGUGAGAUCCAAGAGCACGCCAAGCCUAUCCAGGAUGUUCAGUGGUUGUGGAAUCAAGAUGCUUCCCGAGAUUUGCUGCUUGCUAUCCACCCACCAAAUUACAUUGUGCUCUGGAAUGCGGAUACCGGCACCAAACUGUGGAAGAAAAGCUAUGCAGAUAACAUUCUUUCUUUUUCUUUUGAUCCAUUUGAUCCCUCACAUUUAACUUUGCUCACCAGUGAGGGCAUUGUAUUCAUCUCAGACUUCUCUCCAUCCAAGCCUCCCUCAGGCCCUGGGAAAAAAGUGUAUAUUUCCAGCCCACAUUCCAGCCCCGCUCAUAACAAGCUGGCGGCAGCCACAGGAGCCAAGAAGGCUCUUAAUAAAGUGAAAAUUUUAAUCACUCAAGAGAAACCUAGUGCUGAAUUCAUAACUCUCAACGAUUGCCUCCAGUUGGCAUAUCUGCCUUCAAAAAGAAAUCACAUGUUGUUGCUCUAUCCUCGAGAGAUUUUAAUCCUUGACCUGGAAGUGAAUCAAACAGUUGGUGUAAUUGCAAUAGAACGAACAGGAGUUCCGUUUCUACAGGUAAUACCCUGCUUUCAGCGUGAUGGCUUGUUUUGUCUACAUGAAAAUGGUUGUAUAACCUUACGAGUGCGAAGAUCUUAUAAUAGCAUUAUUACCACUUCAAAUGACGAACCAGAUCCAGAUCCUGUGCAGGAGCUUACCUAUGAUUUACGAAGCCAGUGUGAUGCCAUCAGGGUGACGAAAACUGUCCGUCCCUUCAGUAUGGUGUGCUGUCCUGUCAACGAGAAUGCAGCUGCUCUCAUAGUGAGUGACGGCAGGGUCAUGAUAUGGGAACUCAAGUCUGCUGUGUGCAGUCGGACUUCGAGGAGCAGUAGUUCUGGCGUGUCACCUUUGUAUUCACCAGUGUCUUUCUGUGGAAUUCCUGUAGGAGUGCUACAAAAUAAACUCCCAGAUCUUUCCCUAGAUAACAUGAUUGGGCAAAGUGCAAUUGCUGGGGAAGAACAUCCCAAAGGCCCUGUUCUGCAGGAAGUGCACCUGAAAUUCCUGCUAACAGGGCUGCUUUCAGGGCUGCCCGCCCCACAGUUUGCCAUCCGUAUGUGCCCACCUCUGACUACAAAAAACAUCAAGAUGUAUCAGCCACUGCUUGCUGUUGGCACAAGUAAUGGUUCUGUCCUAGUGUAUCACCUCACCAGUGGCCUGCUGCACAAGGAAUUAAGCAUCCACUCAUGUGAAGUCAAGGGCAUUGAAUGGAUAAGUUUGACAGGUUUUCUUUCCUUUGCUACCUCAACACCAAACAAUAUGGGUUUAGUGAGAAAUGAACUCCAGCUGAUUGAUCUUCCAACAGGUAGGAGCAUUGCUUUUCGUGGUGAGCGAGGCAAUGAUGAAUCGCCCAUCGAAAUGAUUAAAGUAUCACAUUUGAAACAGUAUUUGGCAGUUGUUUUCAAAGAUAAACCCCUGGAAUUAUGGGAUGUUAGGACUUGUACCCUUCUUAGAGAAAUGUCCAAAAACUUUCCUACAAUAACUGCUUUGGAGUGGUCACCAUCUCACAACUUGAAGAGCCUGAGAAAGAAACAGCUUGCUACCCGUGAGGCCAUGGCCCGCCAGACUGUUGUUUCUGACACAGAGCUGAGUAUUGUUGAGUCAUCUGUGAUCAGCUUAUUGCAGGAGGCAGAAAGUAAAUCUGAACUCAGUCAGAACAUCUCUGCACGUGAGCAUUUUGUAUUUACAGAUAAUGAUGGCCAAGUUUUUCACCUCACCGUUGAAGGAAACUCUGUGAAAGAUAGUGCUCGGAUCCCACCAGAUGGAAAUAUGGGUAGUAUUACCUGCAUUGCUUGGAAAGGUGAUACAUUAGUGCUUGGAGAUGUGGAUGGGAACCUCAAUUUUUGGGAUUUGAGAGGCAGAGUAUCCAGAGGAAUACCUACACAUAGAAGUUGGGUGAGGAAGAUUCGUUUUGCCCCUGGCAAAGGAAACCAAAAACUAAUAGCGAUGUACAACGAUGGUGCUGAAGUUUGGGAUGCUAAAGAGGUUCAGAUGGUGAGCAGUCUAAGAAGUGGAAGAAAUGUGACCUUUCGGAUCUUGGAUGUGGACUGGUGCACAUCAGAUAAAGUGAUCUUGGCAUCUGAUGACGGGUGCAUCAGGGUCCUGGAGAUGUCUAUGAAGUCUACAUGUUUUAGAAUGGAUGAACAGGAGUUAACUGAGCCUGUGUGGUGUCCAUAUCUCCUUGUCCCAAGGGCCUCCCUUGCACUGAAAGCCUUCUUGUUACACCAGCCUUGGAAUGGGCAAUACUCUUUGGACAUUUCUCAUGUUGAUUAUCCAGAAAAUGAAGAAAUAAAGAAUCUUCUUCAAGAACAGUUGAAUUCAUUGUCAAAUGACAUAAAGAAACUCCUGCUUGAUCCAGAAUUCACUGUCUUGCAGAGAUGCUUGCUUAUUUCCAGGCUUUAUGGUGAUGAGUCAGAGCUGCACUUCUGGACUGUGGCAGCCCACUACUUGCACAGCUUGUCCCAGUCCAAGUCAGGAAACUCGGCAGCAACCAAAGAAACUACACCUUGGGACAAGUUGAACAAUCCAUUGGAUAUAUGUUAUGAUGUACUCUGUGAAAAUGCUUAUUUUCAGAAAUUUCAACUGGAAAGGGUUAAUCUUCAGGAAGUAAAACGGUCAACUUAUGAUCACACUAGAAAAUGUACAGACCAGCUACUACUCUUGGGUCAAACAGACAGAGCUGUGCAGUUGCUAUUAGAAACAAGUGCAGACAACCAACAUUAUUACUGUGACUCACUGAAAGCCUGUUUGGUCACCACUGUCACCUCUUCAGGACCCUCUCAGAGCACCAUUAAGCUGGUGGCAACUAAUAUGAUUGCCAAUGGCAAGCUGGCAGAGGGCGUCCAGUUGCUCUGCCUGAUAGACAAAGCUGCAGAUGCCUGCCGCUACCUGCAGACAUACGGCGAGUGGAAUCGGGCAGCGUGGCUUGCAAAGGUCCGUUUAAAUUCUGAAGAAUGUGCUGAUGUUCUGAAGCGGUGGGUUGACCACCUUUGUUCUCCACAAGUUAAUCAGAAGUCAAAGGCCCUCCUUGUCCUUCUAUCCCUGGGCAGUUUUUCCAGCGUGGCAGAAAUGCUUCACAGCAUGAGGUACUUUGACAGAGCAGCCUUAUUUGUGGAAGCUUGUCUCAAGUAUGGUGCUUUUGAAGUCAGUGAAGACACUGAGAAACUCAUCACAGCCAUAUACACAGACUACGCUCGAAGUUUGAAGAAUAUUGGUUUUAAACAAGGAGCAGUUCAUUUUGCGUCAAAAGCUGGUGAGGCCGGCAAAGAUUUAUUGAAGGAACUGGAACCUCCCAAGGUAUUAUUAAAUGAGGACUGACAGGUUCUGUGCCAGAGUAUGAGGGUGAAAGCAGGGUGUGAGGGAGAACUGACCUGACUGUUGUUGUGGUCAUGGGCAAGCUCCAGUCUGAUGAGGAGGACAGGGUCCUUGGGGUUGUUUUACCACGAGGUUCUCCUUGUACAGCAGUGUGGGCAUUUAUAUUAGCGCAAGCUCUGCAUCCUAUGUUGAAUCAGAGAAGAAUGUGAUUGCUUCAGAGCUUGAAAGUGUACAUACUCUCUUGUAUACUUCUCAAGAAAGAGCUUUAAGCCAGAAAUGCUUACGAUUUUUUAAACUUAAACAUUGAAUUGCUUUUGUCAUUAACUAAAUCUAAAGAUGUUGAGAAAUCUAAGGAGUUUAUGAGGUGGAUUCUCAAAUGUGUGCUAUGCUGUGUUUAUAUACAAUCAUUCAAGAUGCAGACAGGGCAAAAAUAUUUACAGGUAGCUUACCAGAGCAUUUUGUGGGUUUUUUUUGUUUUGUUUUUUGUGGGGUUUUUUUACUGUGAAAAUACAGAUGAUUCUUUGGUUUAGGCAGCUGACAAAUUUUGUAAUUUUAGAGAUACAGGCCUAUGGGAAGAUUUUAAGCUUUAUUUCAGUUUCAGUCUGUGGGGGCUUUGAUAUUUUAAAUUUUAACUCCUAUAAUGCAUUAUAGCAACCUCAUUUUUGAAGUCUGUCUUUGUACUUUAAUUCUCUGUCUUCAUGUUUUCCAGUAGGUGAAAUAUAUGGAAUAUAACUGUUAUAAAUUAUUGCUGAAACUUUCACUGUCUAUAACUUAACAAAAAUGAUAAAUAAAAAGAAAAUUCUACUGGG